AUGUCUGUGGCUAUGGAUCGGGCCUUAAUGGCUUUGUCCCUGGAUGAAGAAGAUGAGGAGCCUUUUACCAUGCCAGAUCGUCCGGGAUUCACUUCCAUAGAAGAAAAUCGUCUCAGUAUCAUGGGGAGGUCUUUAAACCCGGAGUGCCAGCGUAUGUCGGGGUUGAUCAUCACUAUGCCUCGAAAAUGGCAAAAAGAAGGAAAAGUUCGUGGUAUCGCCUUAUCUCGAAAGAGGUUUCAGUUUAUCUUUAAUUCUGAACAUGAUCUUCUUGAUGUUCUGGAAAAAGGGGUUCAGACUUAUAAUGAAUGGGCGAUGGUGCUUGAGCGUUGGGUAGAAUACCCUCCGGAGGAUUAUCUUCAGUUUAUUCCUCUGUGGGUGAGGAUCAGCUAUAUUCCAGAGGAAUAUUACACUACUGAGGCUUUAACAACUCUUGGAGACAUGAUUGGAAGAGUCAUAGUGGUGGCGUUUGACCCUCUGAAGCCUGUCACCCAGGACUAUAUCCGUGUUCAGGUGCUGUUCAAUGUGGCCAACCCGUUAAAGAUGUCCAGAGUUAUAAAUCGUAAGGGUGGAAAGACGGCGACCAUUCAUUUUGAUUAUGAGCAGCUGCAGAAGAGAUGUUUUACUUGUAAGCGUCUCAAUCAUGAAAAGAGCAUCUGUCCGAUUGAAAUCAGGAAACGUCAAGAGGAAUCUCAAGCUAGAAGAAACAGAGCUAAAGUAGCGUUACAGAAGGCCCCUGCUGCAACACUAAAUCUGGAGGAUCCUCUUUAUGGUGUUCUGGAAGAGUCUCAGGUUGGCUUGGAUCAGCUUUCAGGGAGACCAAGAAUCGCAAAAGAGGUUAUGGAUGAAAUGAGGAGGUAUAUGCUGGCUGAUACAGGGGAAGACAGAGCAAUCAAGGUGGAUAAAUUGAGAAGUACAGUCAAAGAGGCUGAAGCUGAUCCAAGAGCUCAACGUUCUGUUCUGCGUUUAGAAGCUGCCCCCAUGGUUACUUCUGAUUUAAACAAAGGAAAAGGGUUGGUAUUUGAUUACAGUGAGAAAAGUCAAAAGAAGGUCUCAUUUGAUUUAAAUGUCAAUCCCAACAAGCUUAUGGCGGGAGCGUUUAAAGCCUUCAAACCUCAGGUCACUCUUAGUGAGCCGGUGUUGGAGCUUGGUUUCUUCGACGACAGUAGUGAAGCCAGUGUGCAGAAUCCUUUCUUUGAUAGUUCAACGGUUUUCCGUGUAGGUUCCCCUGAGCCUAGAUCUUCCGGGACUAUCAAGAAGAGUAGUUAUGUGCGCAGGCGUCCUCCUAAAGGGUUAAGGAAUAAGUUAUCUUCAGGUAUGAUGGUACAACAAUUUGAUGAUGGUGAAGACAGAAGAGAGGGUAAGCAGGAAAUGGGUAGUAGAAAGAGGAAGAAAGUGGUGCAAGAAUUGGGUGGAAGGUCAAACAAUAAGGCGCAAUGCCUUAAGGCGAUCCCAAGUGAGGGAUCGCCCAACGCCCAAUGA